AUGAAAAAGUCAGUGUGCAGUGAUUCAUAUCGCAGUGAAAGGACGACUAGUCACGCUAGUUGCUCAAAUUCGGAUAGCAGCGAUGAGGAAGUGAUCAGAUUGCCCAAAAGAAGAAAAGUAAAUCGUAUCAUAUCAUCAGAUUCUGAUACGGAUACGGAUAAAUGCAAUCUUAGUGAUAAUGAAUAUUGUGAAGAUACUAUUGACGAGAUGUUACGAGAUUUGGUCGUGGAAGAAGAAAGCAACGUUGAUGAUACUGAGGAAGCUCCAGUUCAACAAAGUGAAUGGAGUGAAUUUAGUGGUCGGCAAAAAUCAAGUUCUUUUCAAGAAACAGGCGGUCUGAAUAAGCAAUUACCUGACGAUAUAAAUCCGUAUGAUGUGUUUACGUUGUUUGUCGAUGACGAAAUCAUAAACUUGCUGGUAUUAGAAACUAAUAGAUAUGCACAACAAAAACUAAAUGAAUCGAGGCUGACUCCAGGUUCACGAAUGCAUAAAAAGAAACCAACAAAUCCUGAAAAAAUAAAACAAUUUUUGGGAUUAUUGUUGUGGAUGGGACUUGUAAAAGUGAGCCCAAUAACCAAUUAUUGGGCCAAAAACGAAUUGUGCAAUUUCCGGCUACCGCGUCAAAUUAUGUCAUGA